AAUUGGGAUAUUCACAUUGUACAGAAGCAGAGGUUAUUGAAUCUUUGGGAAUUGUUAUUUACAAGGCGCUGGACUAUGGCUUGAAGGAGAAUGAAGAAAGGGAACUAAGCCCUCCCCUGGAGCAGCUCAUCGACCGCAUGGCCAACACGGUGGAGCCCGAUGGCAGCAACGAUGAGGGCUAUGAGGCUGCGGACGAAGGUCCAGAGGAGGAGGAGGGCGGGACGAGGAGGACCAUGGCCAUCCGCUCGUGCAGAGACGUCAUGCAGUUAUGUGCUGCUCACCUGCCAGCUGAGUCAGAGGCACCCAGUCAUUACCAGGCGGUAUGUCGCGCACUGUUUGCAGAGACAAUGGAGCUGCAUACGUUUCUGACUAAAAUUAAGAGUGCAAAAGAGAAUCUGAAGAAGAUUCAAGAGAUGGAGAAGAGCGAUGAGUCUAGCACAGACCUGGAGGAGCUGAAAAAUGCUGACUGGGCUCGAUUCUGGGUGCAGGUGAUGAGGGAUUUGCGGAAUGGAGUGAAACUUAAGAAGGUUCAGGAGCGCCAGUACAACCCUCUGCCCAUCGAGUAUCAGCUCACGCCUUAUGAGAUGCUCAUGGAUGACAUUCGAUCCCGAAGAUACACUUUGCGAAAAGUGAUGGUGAAUGGUGAUAUUCCCCCUCGGUUAAAGAAAAGUGCUCACGAGAUCAUCCUGGACUUCAUCAGAUCAAGACCUCCUUUAAACCCGGUCUCAGCCAGAAAACUGAAGCCAACUCCACCGCGGCCACGGAGCCUCCAUGAAAGGAUACUGGAAGAGAUCAAAGCAGAGAGAAAGCUGCGGCCCGUCUCCCCAGAGGAGACCAGACGCAGCAGGUUAGAUGUAACUACCCCUGAAUGUCCAAAGAAUGCUGUGGAAUCAUCAAUGGUGAAUGGAGGCGUAACGUCACAAUCAAAAGAAGGUGGGUCGGGUGCCCGGCAGCAGGUUCCUGUGCAGCGGAAGAAGCUCCUCAAAGCUCCAACGCUGGCGGAGCUGGACAGCUCUGACUCCGAGGAGGAAGCCCUGCCCCGGUCGGCCAGCAGCAGCGGCGCGUCUCCCCACUUCCCGGAGGGCCCAUUCCUGGAGGCUGUGUCCAUGAGAAAGGCCCCUCCACAGUUCUUGCCCAUGUCCUCCACGCCCCAGCCGGAGAGACGGCAGCCACCCCAGAGACGACACUCCAUUGAAAAGGAGACGCCUACCAGUGUGAGGCAGUUCCUGCCUCCGUCCAGGCAGAGCUCCCGCUCGCUCGUUCCUGGGGUGACCAGAGCGUGGCCAAGGACGCCUUUCCGACCACUUUUCUCUGCCAUACAAACAGCUUCUCUGCUCAGCUCUCAUCCUUUGGAGGCAGCCGUGUUGGGGGUAGCAGGGGCUGUGUAUUAUCUGUGUGAGAGAGCUUUUACCAGCAGGUGGAGAUCCGCAAAGGAGGAGUUCUGCUACCCGGUGGAGUGCCUGGCGCUCACGGUGGAGGAGGUGAUGCACAUUCGUCAAGUCCUGGUGAAGGCAGAGCUGGAAAAGUACCAGCAGUACAGGGACAUCUACACCGCUCUGAAGAAAGGAAAGCUCUGCUUUUGUUGCCGAACCAGGAGGUUCUCCUUCUUCACCUGGUCUCACACCUGCCAGUUCUGCAAGAGGCCCGUGUGCUCGCAGUGCUGCAAAAAGAUGCGGCUGCCCUCCAAGCCAUACUCCACCCUUCCCAUCUUUUCACUGGGACCUUCAGCCUUGCGAAGAGGGGAAAGUUGUGUGAGGCCAGAGAAGCCCCCUGCUGGCCACCAUCGGCCACUUCAGAGCAUUGCCAGAUUGUCCUCAAAAUCCAAGUCUGUAGACAAAUCAGAUGAAGAACUACAGUUUCCCAAAGAGCUCACGGAGGACUGGAGCGCUAUGGAGGUGUGUGUGGACUGCAGAAAGUUCAUUUCAGAGAUCAUCAGCUCCAGCCGGCACAGCCUGGUGUUGGCCAACAAAAGAGCCCGAUUGAAAAGGAAAACCCAGUCUUUCUAUCUGUCCUCAGCAGGCGCCUCAGAGUACUGCCCGUCCGAGAGAACCAUCAGUGAGAUCUGAGCCGCGCGCCGUUCGGUGGCUGUGUGUUCAGAGGCGAGGUGCGCGCGGGAGGACGCUGAGCUGGCUGUCUCUGCUUGCCGUGGUCUUAGUUAGUGGGCUUGAGUUUGCCUAGGUCAGGUCUUUGCUGCAUGACACCGUUCCGCAGACUGAACACUGUGUUCAUACUGAGGACACGCGGCAGGCCAGCCGUUUGCUCGUCUGUGCUGGGGGAGGACAGUAGUUUGAAACUUGCUUUUGCGUGCGUGUUGGUUUGGAGGUCGAAACUUUUUCCUUUGUUCAGUUCUUUACUGUUCCUCAGAUAAUUUUCUGACUGAGGCAGAAAGCUUCUUGUGUGAGAUACCAGUCUAACACAGGCGUCGAUGUCAGCACAGCUCUGAGCAGUAAGUCACAGUGGCAUUUCCACCCUACAGUGUUCCCACCUCGUGUACAGUGAUCUGGGCCCCGGAGGCUGGGCCCAGCGGCUGCUGUUCACAGUGCAAAACCUGCAAGGGUUUGCGCAUGCCCUCAAACUGAUGUUAAAUUAUUAUUGCUCCGAGAUAAAGACUGGGGGGGGACCUUAACGCCUGCACGCCAGUACAGACACCUGACCGAGCUGCCCCCCCGGUGGGUGACCACCACCUCCGCACAGCCGUGUUUGCCCCAGUGCAGCCGAGCAGUGUCUCCCGAGGUGUUUUUGUUGCUUACCUUGAAUGUAUUAUGGUUACUAGUAGUUUUAUAAUGGAGGACGAAGAAUUAAAGUUUUGUGGAGUUUUGGGGUAAAGGGAGGCUAGAAGUUUGUCCAGAAGCUGAGUUUUUCGGCUGACUGUGGAAAAGGCUGCCCACUGCGGGGAGUGAGCCAGAGUUCCCAUGUUUCCAAGCACGGUUUUCAUAACUUUAUAGUCUCGCUAUCACAACUAACUUAAGCCACAAUUUGGUACCUAAGGUCUCAAGCUGGAAUUUAUUUAUUUUUAUAAAUGAAUUUUAAAAGAAAAACUAUUGUCUAGUUCUUUUAAAAUUACAAGAAAAUUAACCUGCAUGUGAUAGGCUUUUUGGAUGCUUUUUGCACACGUUUCCCUUGAAAGCAACUCGAAUGAGUGGGAUGGGCUUUGCUGCGGGUAGUUUGGAGGGCAGCGUCGUCACCUGCAACUUCCCAGUUCCCUUGGCCCGUUGCGUGGGCGGUCUUGUAUCACUUCAUGUGCUUGGCAGUGAGCAGCCAGUCCAGCUGCCACUCGUGCUGGGACGGCCAGCUAAUGCCCGCGCACGGCGGUGUCCUAAAUCCCCGGGCACAUCUAUAGCCGCAGGACGGCGGCCCCUCUUCAUGCCACACCGAGACAUAGUGACAUUUCUGCAGUAAAUUCACAGUAAUACCUCAAAACUGCUCCGGUAGUGGUUGUAGUGAUUGAGAUUUAUAAAUCAGUAACUGGCUUAAAAUUACUUAUACUGAUAAAAUAAACUUUACCAACUGACUGAAGUACUCCACGUUAACAGUUUGUAUUCGCACAUGGAAGUGGGCCGCAGGGAGCCCUUACCGAUUAUGGAGAUGUUUGCAUUGUUUUCAAGACUCUUCUUUGAGAGCUUUAAACAUUACAUUGAGUGAAUCUCAUUUAUAAAAUUUUGAGAGGGACGAUUUGAACCCUAGGCCCCAGGUGGUUUGGCAGGAGCCACACGCUUCGAAGGCCCCGGCUGAGCCUCUGAACCAGCUGCCAGGAGGGGAGCGGGGGAAAGGAGCUGGUGUGUGCACACGUGCACAGACCUGGCCCCAGAAAGCGGGCUUUUUAAAAUAAUGACUAGCUUACAGUUGUUGUUAAAACACACGCAACUGAACUCCUGAAUGAGAAUUCUGUCCACAUUCACGAGGCAAAUAGUCUUCGCCACCCCUUCCUCGGGUCUGUGAUGUAGGGUAGCCAGUUGGGUGUCAGGAGCACCUCUCACCAGAGCCCUGGAAGGUGAAUCCUUUCGGCAGCGCUGACGGGUUUGCCAAGUGCACUGGGGAGUUUGGGUGGUAGGUCUCCUUGGGACGGUCUGCAGAAAAUGGAGGAGAAAAGGGCACAGAACACAGCUGCUCUUGUGGACAGCAGGUCAGCAUCACUUUCCGCUGCCAAAACAAAUCCCUGCUCUGGGCCCUCCCUUCUCGGUGGCAUGUCCCCAGCCCCGCAGCCAGAUGAGGCACUUCCCAGAGGGUUGUCGAUGGCAGCUUGUGGAGCGUGCUUACAGUCCUCAGCCUCGUGCGGUGAUACCUUCGCAGCGUUCCUUUGUCCUGGUGUCCGCAUGUACUUCUGGUCUGACAGCAACAAAAAUGUCGUUGGCUGGCUGGUCUCGGUGGGAGCCCGGCGCACCCUGAAGUCCCUCCUGCGCGCACUCUGCCCUCCCACCCUCACUCCCUCUCAGCCUGUACCUCACGGACUCACCCUGCCGGGAGAUCCCCGUUUCCUUUCUCACAGCUUAACUUUCUAUCAGUGUCAGAACAGAUGAGAAUGUUUGUAAAUACUGUAAUAUAUUUAUUAAUACUUGAAAGGCAUUCAUUCAGUGGACAGUGAGAAUUAACUCUCCCAAGGCAAGUAAAGUUUAAAUCAAGUAACUGAUGUUUACAUCAACUUAGCAGUUUUAUUAGAUUUCAAGUCUUAAUUAAGCCUUUGAAAUUAAACCAGAAAGUUGUUACGCAGGAGUUUUUAAAUGAUCUUACGUUUCAUGAAAUCCCAUAAACUUACAUGCUCAUACCAUGUGAUUUGCACCAUGAACUCAUACCAUGAAGUUUUUAAGGCUUUCAUUUUUCUAACUGUGUUAAUAAAUGUAGGACUGGAGUUCAGGUGUCACAGAGGAAGCCUGACAAGUUUCAGUGGUGUUGCUAUUUGUUGAAGCAAAGUAGCAGACAGCUUUGCACAGGAGAACUGUUGAGGGCCUGUUUGUGGGGAAUGUGUGUACUCUGACCUGGUUUCCUGUGUGUACGAAAGGCAAGGUGUUGCUGGCCUUCAGCAUGACGUAACCGUACUAGACCUUCUCCAUUAGAGUCUUUUAUUUUAAAAUCGAGGGGAAAAUAAAUGACUUUCCAUCA